GCGUGGUGUAGAUAGACAUGCGCUUUGCCCAAAUCCCAUGCUCGGUGGGCGUGGUUAUACGUGCGCACGUGGUACCUUCUCGCUGGUGCAAGUGGAUGUAGUAGAGCCCUUCAGUGUAAAUAUGAAGGCGAAAAGAGGCCACUAGAUCGUCGAGACAGCUUCCAUUUCCGUCAAGUUGCCACAGAGAUUGCAGCUUAUCAUUCACUCCCCCUCCUUAUUUUCUAUCGUCUCCAGUGCCCCUAGAUAUCGAGGUAGCAUCUUCAGCGUAGUAGCGAUCAAUCCAUAUCAUCCGUUCGUCUUAUACUCCGAGGUCCUCGUAACUUUACUUUAUCCGCACAAUCGCCUUUCACGCAAAUACCAGACUGUCCAAUCCCCUAACUGUCAUCCGAGCAUUUGCCCUGAUGGCAUCCAAGAUCGUACUCUGCUCAAGUCGUCGUCGCGGCGAUCACCGCUCGCGACAUCGCACCCGUCAUCACACCUUCAGCGCACCGCUUCUCCUUCUCCCCCUAGCGCUCUUGGCGGCAUUCGGUGCGCUGCCACAGGCGCGAGGCGUGACGCGGAAGGACUUGUCGCGCGCGGUGAACAAGGUGGGCGCGUACGCCAACAUCCUGCUCGACUCGUCGGGUUACAAGCUCGAGCAACUUCUGAUGGAAGCACGUAACGUCAAGGGCCCGGUUACAGCACUUCUUCCUGUUCGCGGAUAUUUCGCCUACACUCGCUCUCGCUGGAUGGGCAGGGCGAAACUUCGCAAGGUCCGCCGUAGCCACUUUCUCAACGGAACGUACUCUUACGACACUCUGCAAGGCUUGAUGCGGUACAGUAAACUGACGACCAUUAACGGACUGACUAUAACGAAGACGAACAGCAACAAGUGGCCGCUGGUGUGGGUGCGGGGUGCUCACGGUCCUCCUGCCGUGAUUAUCGAGAGAGACUACUACCGAGGGCUCUCGCUAACCGUGCACCUGAUAUCGCGAGUGCUUCAACCAAUCUGAAGCCAUGUGCACUCUAUUUGGGUACACUUUCGACAAAUGCAGGACUUCUCAUUAUUGCCACAAAUGAGGAGACUCGUUAUAGGAACGAGGUGGCGAAAGGGUCCCAGAGGUGCACGAGGAGGGAUUGGAGAAGAAGCAGAAGAGGCGGCAGGGGUAGAGGGGUCGUAAAAGCAGUUCAGGUUACCCAAUGAGAGAUGGGAACGGCGAGGAAGCUAAAGGAGGCAGCAGCAGGACGAACUUAAAUCAGAGAUGGGGGAGAUGGGGGAAGGGAGAUGCUGUCAAACAGGACAGUAGUUCCAACGGUUGGGGGAUGGAGGGGAAGGGAGCUGGGGACUGGCUGCACCCCAGCGGGGGAACCUCUAGUGGGCUUGACUGGCUUUUUCUAGGGGUGGUAUAUAUGCUCCUGUAGGAGCCAUUUUUUGUGGCGCUGCAAGGGCAGAUGCACGGCGGACAGAGGAAUGACUGGACGGAGAGUUAGGCCAGCUACUUACUGACAACUAAUGGGUGUAGAUCAGAGUGGCACAUGCUGCUGGGUUUGUUGAAGGUCCCAAGGGCGCUAUGCCAGUUAAAAGCUCCGUGUAGGGGAGCUCUCUAUUCUUCCAAUGCUGAAUUUAGAUGACAGACAGAAAGGCAUGCACAUGGUGUACUGUACUGCUAAGGAAAAUAGGCAGGUUUG